AUGAAGGCCUCGAUCAAGUUCAGGGAGGAUCGCCCUCCCCUGGUUCGCGCUAAGGUCCCCGUUGGCAUUCUCGGCAUCUCCUUCGUCUCCGGCGUUGUGGCGGCCCCCGCCGCAGACGGAGAUACUUCCAGCGAUCUCCGCCUCGACCUCUCCACGGCCUUUCGCGCUGGCCCUUCCCUCCGCCUCUCCUACCGCCCCAACGACUCCGGUAACCCGUUCUCUCUCGUCUUGAAGACCGGCGUCGGCGCUUAUGGUUCCCCGUCCGCCGAUUCAUCCUUCUCGAUGUCGGCCGAGUUCGGUCUCCUCGGGCCCCGUCCUACCUUCUCCCUUCUCCUCAAGCCCCGAUUUGGGGAUUUCUCUCUCCGGAAGUCCGUUUCUGCCGCCCCAGCCGUGGCAGUGGCUCCGACGACGGUGUCCGUCAAAGUCCAAUCGUUCGUCGACGGUCAGAGUGUUGAGAGGCCGUUGGUGGACUUCCCCCAGACGACCAACGGGUUCCAUUCUUUCCAGAAAGGGAGCGGCUUUCCUUUAAACGUCUCCGCCUCCACCUUCGGCAGCACUCUGGGCGGGAUCAACGAGCUGCUCUCCGGGGUCGAGGUCAGUGCGAGGAGCAUCAUCUCGCUGCCUAGUCGCACGGCCGUCCAUUUCAAGUGGGGAUUGAGAGUUCCUCCGGAGUUCCGCACUGCAUUUGAAGGCCCGACGGCCGGAAUUUCGGUAAGAAAGCUACCACUCCUCGUGAUAAGCAAGAUUUCUGUGGAACGCAGCGGCGUGAAGACAAAGGAGAAGAAAAAUGCUUGGCCAUCCGAAACAGCGGAAGAGCUAUGUGGGCAUCUGAGGAAGGAAGUGGAAUCUCUGCAAGCUGGGACUUUACAGCUUCGGAGGAUUAUGGACGAUGUCCGUGCCGAGCUUAGAGAUCAGAAAGCAGCCCCCCUGAUGACAGGGAAAGACCAGGGGAAGUCAUUAGCUAAAGCUUUGAAAUCCGUGGACAUGAGCGAGGAGCCAUUAGAAGCUCAACGAUCUGCUAUUGCCCAUAUCUGA